AUGGCACAGGGUGCCAUUUAUUCACUUUCCGAUACAAUAUGCUACGAGAAUUUGAAAAGCUCUGCUACUAACUAUGGACACCAGCGGUUCUUUGGAGCCAUCGGUUGGGGGUCAUUUGCGAUUUUGACAGGAUUCUUGAACAGCUUAGCAAAUGAUGAUCUAAAUAGAUGCUAUACUCCUGGUUUUUAUCUCAUGGUAGUUCUGUCAGCGUUUUUAAUACUGAAUACCCAUCAUAUCGAUAUGAAGCUUUCAUCCCAUAAAAUAAUUGAUGCUAAACCAAAGAAUUUGUACGUAUCAAAAGAAUUUUUAUGUUUCGAAGUCUGUAUUCUUGCUUCUGGAAUGUUGACUGCUUAUACGUCGUGCUAUAUGAUAUGGUACAUAGAAAACUUAGGUGGUAGUCAACUGUUGGGUGGAUUCGCCUUGUCAAUUCAGUGUUUACUUGGCGAAGCUUUAUUCAUGUACUUCUCCGAGUCGCUUAUUUCUACUUUUGGACAUUGGAAUAUCGUGACAGCAAGUUUCCUUACAUUUGCUGUCCGGUAUUAUGGCUACUAUAUGUUGAAUAACCCGUGGUUUAUUCUGCCUCUGGAAGUUUUACAUGGUAUAACUUAUGGAUUGUUUUAUUCAACGAUGACUUCGUAUGCAAAAGAAAUAGCCCCGGCUGGAUCGGAAGCUACAGUUCAAGGCAUAUUUAGCGGGACUUUUCAAGGAUUGGGUACUGGGUUUGGUAGUUUUGUUGCUGGUACAUCGAUUGAUGCAUAUGGUGGCAGAAUAUCUUUCCUAAUUGCUGCUAUUUUUAGCACACUUGCUGCUCUGGUCAGUUCCUUAUUUUCCUUUAUCGUGAAAGAUAGCAAGCCAGUUUUGAUAGAGAUGAAAUAG